AUGACAGGUGGAGGGCCCCCGCCUAAACCCCCUUCAGAGACAAGCGACAAGAUCAUAAAUAUCUUAGCAAGCGAUUCAAUCCUGAUUGGUCAGAUUGUAGUGACGUCAUGGGUACACAAGAGAAGUGACAAAGCAAACUUUAUUCAGUUUUACGAGAAAAGGGGGCUCAACGAGUUUGAAAACGUUGUCUUGCACGCUGAGAAAAUGAUCGAAAUUGCUCAAACUAUAGGCGAUAAAGAAAGCGAAAUGUAUGGCCAUCAGGAAAUGGGAAAUGCAUUUUUGUACUUUGCUCGUUAUGAUGAUGUUAUUGACUGUGGCAAGAAAUGUCUUAAAAUGGCCCAGGAAAUUGAUAGUACUGAAGGCAUGAUGAAUGCAUAUUGCCGCCUAAUGGUCGCGUAUAGACACAUGCAGAAACAUGAUGACACUAUUCUGUAUGCGCACAAGCUCCUUGAUUGCGCCAUGAAAAACAACGAUCAGAAGGCAAUGAUGAUGAACGCGUACUCGAAGCUAGGACAAGCACAUCUUGCCUUGAAACACUAUCAAGAUGCCGCUGACUUUGUAAAGAAAUGCAUUGAAAUAGCAAGGGAAAUAGAAGAAAGACGUGUUGAAGUCAAGGCUUACCUAGUAAUGGGGCAGAUAUAUAACGCUCUUUCCGACUACGACAAUGGAAUUAUCUUUUGCAACAAGUGUAUUGAGCUUGCAAUAUCUAUUGGCGAUAAAGUAGAUGAGGCUAAUGCUUAUAGAUUCCUUGGAGUGAUAUAUUAUUACUUGCAGAAAUACGAUGAUGCCAUUCAGAAUUUCAAGAAAUGCAUCAACAUGGCACAAGAAACUGGUGAGAAAAAGAUUGAAGCACAAGCAUAUCUGGGUCUUGCGUCUGUAUACCACAGAUCAGUUGAUAAAGAAAGCAUCGAUAAAGCCAUCAAAUACGGUAAGAAAUGCCUGGACAUCUCUCAAGAAAUUGGCGACAAAAAAACUGAAAUGGACGGACAUUAUUGUCUCGCUCAUACACAUAUGGACUCGAUGCAGUUGAAUGAAGUGUCUCAGAGUAUAGAUGCAGGCAUGGCGAUUGCUACAGAGCUCGGAGACAAAGAAGCUGAAGAAAACUUCAAAGAAACUAGUUCUAUUUUUUAUGGAUGUGUUGGUUUGGUUGACAAGCGUAGUAUACCCUCAGUAAAUGAAUUCUUAGAGGUACCAACAUGUUCUGAAGAUGAGUUAUUACAGGAUCUUGACCAAGCGUUUAAAGAGGUGGACGUUAGUUGUUCUGUGAACUUGUUCUGUAUCAGAGAAAUGGGAAACUUCUAUCAUUCGAUGGGUCAGAAUAACAUGGCUGUACGCUGCUUCAAAGAAGGGCUACCUACUGCUGAGUCUUGCUCUGAUACUGGGCAGCUAUCCCAAUUCUAUUAUGGCUUUGGUCAAUUAUUGUGUUCAUUGAACAGAGAACUGAACGUGGCAGAACAUUAUCUAAGAAAAGCUAUACGAUGCUUUGAAGCGAUCUUUACCGCACUUGGUAGUCUUGAUGAAUUCAAGAUCUCCAUAUUUGACAAAUAUGUCGAUAGUUAUAAGCUGUUGGCAAUACUGUUAACCAAAGACAAACAGAUCGAGGAAGCGGUUUUAGUGUUAGAUCGUUGUCGUGCAAGAGCAUUGAAAGAUCUUAUGAUGUCAAACUUCAAGAUGGAACAAGAGAAGAGCAAUGAUGAACACCUAGAGUACAGCGAUGUUUUGUCCCUGGUCUCAAGAAAUGACUUCAGCAUUGCCUUUUACUCACUUUGUUUUGGUGCUUUUCUGAAGUUUUUUGUUGGAGGGGAGACAAAUUUGCAUUAUUCCGGUUGUCUUAAUCAUUCCCUACAGAUAGACGUCGAUACGUUGUUUGACGAAAUGGGUGUUCGUGAGGUGGUUGACUGUGAGAACAGGUCCUUGGACAAAGAAGAAGAUAUUCAAAAAGAACAAAGAAGAAGCCAAGAAGAAUACGAGGAACUUAAUCAAGCAACGGCAUUACUGCUGAAUGAGAAUAGUGCUGAAACCAAGGGAUCUACUCUAGAAGCUCUAUUUAAAAUCUUAAAAUGUGAAAGAAUACUAUCGUCGAAGCAAGACGAGGUCGUUAUUAUUCCUGAAGGUCCCUUAUACCAAGUACCUUUUCCCGCAUUACGAGAUCCUCGCACGGAAAAGUAUUUAUCAGAGACAAAGCGCAUUAGACUUGCUCCUUCAUUAGCGACUUUAAAGGCGUUGCAAGAACGCACAGAAGAUUAUUAUUCCAAGAAAGGCGCCUUAAUUGUUGGAAAUCCUCUUGUUGGUAAAGUCAUGUUCGAUGGCGAAGAGAAAGA